AUGCAUUUCAAGAUCUCCGCUUUUCCUUCUCUUUUCGCCCUCUUUGCCGUUUCUUCUAUUGCUUCGCCACUGGAAGUAAGGAAGACACUCGACGUAUGGAGCCCCAAGAUCACCUCUCCGACGGCCGGCACUGUGUGGGUUACUGGGUCGACUGUGAACGUGACCUGGGACACCUCUGACGCCCCCAAGCAAAUUUCGAACGGGGCUGCCGUGAUGUUGAGGGAUGACUCCGGUCCAGUCCCACCUGAGAAUCCUUACCUCAAGGAGUCCCGAUCCUUCGACCUUCGUGAUGGAUGGGUUACAGUCGAGGUUCCCAAUGUCCCACCGGCCGAUAACUACGUUCUUGUUUUAUUCGGCGACUCUGGCAACUGGAGUGAGCAGUUUGAGAUUACCGAGGACGCAACCAGCACUUGA